UGGAAGCCAGGUGGGGCGAGAGGGUCAAGUCAUUGGGGGACAGCCCUGAAGGGAAGGGCGGGCAGCGGCCAUCCGGCCGCUGCCCGCCCUUCCCUUCAGAGCUGUCCCCCGCGCCUCGCAAGGUGGCGCUCCCGGCCGCCAUGGAGGCCGGAGCCUGUCGGUAGCGAGCUCACGCACGGCGAGGAGAGCUCCUGAAUAUCCGAGAGCUUAUUCGCGAGGUUUAUGAAUAUUCACGACGUGGCACCCCGGGGGCAGGGCCGCGCCAUCAUGGCGGGAGGCAGCGCCGGCGGUCGGGGCGGCGGGGCCGGCGGCCGGCCCCGGCCCCAGCUCGAUCUGGUGUUCCUGCGGCGCUUCCUGAGGAUCCAGGCUGUCUUGUUUCCCCAGUGGCCCUCCCGGAACGCGCUGAUGUUCCUGACGCUGCUCUGUGUCGCCUUGCUGGAGCAGCUAGUUAUUUAUCAGGUCGGCGUGAUCCCCAGCCAGUACUACGAGGUCCUGGGGAACAAGGACUUCUCCGGAUUCAAAGCGCUGACUGCCAUUGCCCUGACCCUGAUCGUGGUGAACUCCACGCUAAAAAGCUUCGACCAGUUUAUCUGCAACCUGAUGUACGUGAGCUGGAGGAAAUCCCUCACCGAAUACCUCCACCGCUGCUACUUCCAGGGCCAGGUUUACUACAGCCUGCAUGUUCUGCACGAGGACAUCGAUAACCCGGACCAGCGCAUCAGCCAGGAUGUGGAAAGGUUUUGCAAGCAGCUCAGCUCCAUGGCCAGCAAGCUCGUCAUCUCUCCCUUCACGCUGGCCUACUACACGUACCAGUGCUUCCACAGCACAGGCUGGCUAGGCCCCGUGAGCAUCUUUGGGUAUUUCGUCAUCGGGACAAUCGUUAACAAGGUAUUGAUGAGCCCAAUUGUGUCUAAACUUGUGCAGCAGGAAAAGCUGGAGGGGGAUUUCAGGUUCAAGCACAUGCAGAUUCGGGUCAAUGCAGAACCAGCUGCUUUCUACAGGGCCGGGCGAGUGGAGCACAUGCGCACGAACCGCAGGCUGCAGAGUUUGCUGCAGACCCAGAGGGAGCUGAUUGGCAAGGAGCUGUGGCUCUACAUUGGGAUCAACACCUUUGACUACCUGGGCAGCAUCCUGAGCUACGUGGUCAUUGCCAUUCCUAUCUUUUCUGGCGUCUACGGUGACCUGAGUCCAACAGAGCUCAGCGCCCUGGUCAGCAAGAAUGCCUUCGUUUCCAUCUACCUCAUCAGCUGCUUCAGCCAGCUCAUAGAUCUCUCCAGCACCGUGACCGAUGUAGCUGGCUACACACACAGGAUUGGUGAACUGCAGGAGACCUUGCUGAGUCUUGGCAGAAGAAAAAAUGAAAACUACUCAGAAGCCAAAGCUAGCUGGGACUUGGACAGCAGCUAUGCAGGGGAGGACCCAGUGCCAAAGGACACAGCUUUCCUUCUGGAGCGAGUGACGCUCUCAGUGCCAUCCUCUGGCAAGCUGCUCAUUAAAGACCUGAGCCUCAGGAUCUCAGAAGGAGACAGCAUGAUGAUCGUGGGGAACACUGGCACAGGGAAAACAUCUCUCCUGAGGGUCCUCGGGGGACUCUGGGAAAGCACUCGGGGGAGUAUCCAGAUGCUGACCUGCUUUGGCCCCCAUGGAGUGCUCUUCCUGCCACAGAGGCCGUUCUUCACCGAUGGCAGCCUGCGCGAGCAGGUGAUCUACCCCCUGAAGGAGAUCUAUCCAGUUUCAGGGCCUGCAGAUGAUGAGAGAAUUGUGCGAUUCCUGGAGCUGGCCGGGCUGACUGAUUUGCUGGCAAGGGCUGGAGGACUGGACGAGCAGGUGGACUGGAACUGGUAUGAUAUCCUGUCCCCAGGGGAGAUGCAGAGGCUCUCAUUUGCACGUCUCUUCUACCUCCAGCCAAGAUACGCAGUGCUAGAUGAAGCCACCAGCGCCCUGACAGAAGAGGUGGAGCAUGAGCUGUACCGUGUGUGCCUGCAGCUGGGCAUGACACUGGUCAGCGUGGGACACAGGCCCAGCCUGGAGAAGUUCCACAGCUGGAUUUUGAAGCUUCAUGGAGAGGGAAGAUGGGAACUCAUGCGAUGUGAGAGAAUGAAGCGGCUCCCAUCAGAGGAAGGAUGCUGAUAAACAUGCCUGAGUGUGCACAGCUGCAGAACCUGUGUAUCCCUGAGGAGCAGACUGGAAGUGCAGAGCCAGCAGCUGCCAGCAAGGGAUUCAUUUGGUGCAAAACCAGUUACAGAUUUUGCUGAUGGGUGCAGGGCCAAGUCUGAA